AUGUCUGCAAAACAACGUACAGGGAUUCUGUCCAGAUUUGGUCCAUCAGAAAGGAUCCUGGAGCUGGCGCAGCACAAAACCUCAAAGACUAUUUGGGAGACGACUCCUUGUGAGAAGGUGAUUUGGGGCAACCAGGAUCCGAUAUGGCCGCUUUCUGCAUCAGGAGCCGCUCCAAGUGCAAGAAUCCAAUACCUGUCCAGACACAAAAGAGACUUCUCAGCAAGGGAGGACCCCCGCAGGAAGGAGGAGGAAGAUGAGGAAGAGGAGGAGGCGAGUUUCUCCAGGAAGACCCCACGUCCUUCCUCCAAACCAUCCCAGUACGAGCACAUUGUCCGCCUGUCGACACCCGGGAGCAGGAGGCGCAGCGCCCAGGAAAACCGGCCUCCUCACACUCCUCACUGUGAGAGGAGUUGUCCCAUUUGGCACGUCGACCCCCGCCUGAAAACCUCUGCAGUGAUAACACCGAGACUCCUGCAGCUCUCCAUCCCAAAACUCAUCCGUCCGGACUUCCACAGCAACAGAGAGAGCGUUGCCUCCAUCGUUUCUUUUGCUUCAAAGACGGCUCAAAUCCCUCCGCGGCUGAUCAGACUGUCUCUGCCCCGACUGAAGCAGAGCAACAUCUGCCUCCAGAUCGGACCUCCAGCCGACUCAAUCUGGACCGUUUCAAAGGCGGCGAGGAAAGCCACAGCGAGUGAUCGAGUUGAAAUGUUAGCGACACCGAAACAGCUUUCCAAAAACUACAUCCCUCCUCGAGAUCCAGAGUGGAGCAGAAACACCGUCCUGUCCUCCUGAGCGUCCGUCAACAAGUCCACCAAGUCAGAGUUUAUAGAGUGUGGAUCCUUUUGAGGAGAAUUCAACGUCACCUGAAGCAGAAAACUGUUGGUCGAAAUGGUGAAUAACAGUAAUGACGAGCAUUUAACUUCCAUUCAAUGUUUUUCGAAUGAUUUUGAAAAGCUUUAUUUCAAGCCCUGAUGUCAUAAAGCACCUUUUUACUUUAUUUGAUUGUACAUUGAUACAUUUUACUCUCUGUUUUUGUAUGCACCACAUAUAAACAAGAAAAUGCCUCGUAUGUGUAAACCUACUUGGUAAUAAAACCCAUUCUGAUUGUGCCGUUAUAUUGGCUUUGCUACAUGAUUGCUCUGUCCUUCUGUAUGUAUGUUAAGUCUGUUUUUAAAGAGUGCUAUGAAAUUAAAUGUAUUCAUAUCAUGUGUCAAUUCAAUGAGAGCAAACAUACCAGGAUCAAGACAUUGGGUUAGGGUUAGGGAUCCAAGCUUAACGACAAUAAAAAUAGAGUGUUUUUAUUUGUCCUUUCUUUGAUACUUUGAUCCUGUUUUGCUCAACUGUGGUUGUUUUAAAUAUGCUAUAUAAAUGAACUAGAUUUGUACCGUGAUAAAAAUGUUGAAUAUGUUAAAAUCCCUCCAGAGUUUGAGACGUCUGGAGGGGAAAUGUGAGUGAGAACAGAUAACAUUUAUAUGUCUGUUUCUCUCUUGAUGACAUUGCCAUGUGUCUAAAGACUUGAAUAGAACAUCUGGACUGCAGUACUAUACCUCAUGAAUGAUUUGUUGUUUUAAAUCUCAGACAUUUUAAAUA